AUGGACCUCACAGCCAAAAUGGAAAUUAACGUCAGCCAGCAGCUGAUGCCGCCCGCUUGUUUCUUUUCGGCCGCGGCGGCUCAGAGCAUCCAGCUGAGCCCCAGCGGCAGCAGCCAGAGCAGCGGGAAGUCUGUGUCCAAGCAGCCCAAGAGGCAGCGCUCCUCCUCCCCGGAGCUGCUGCGGUGCAAGCGGAGACUGAAUUUCGCGGGUUUCGGCUACACUCUGCCGCAGCAGCAGCCGCACGCAGUGGCCCGGAGGAACGAGAGGGAGCGCAACCGGGUGAAGCUGGUCAACAACGGGUUCGCCACCCUGCGGGAGCACGUCCCCAACGGCGCCGCCAACAAGAAGAUGAGUAAAGUGGAGACGCUGCGCUCUGCGGUGGAGUACAUCCGUGCCCUGCAGCAGCUGCUGGACGAACACGACGCUGUGAGCGCAGCGUUUCAGUCCGGGGUCCUGUCGCCCACCAUGUCGCAGGGAUACUCUGCAGACAUGAACUCCAUGGCAGGUUCACCCGUGUCCUCCUACUCGUCCGAUGAGGGCUCCUACGACCCCCUCAGUCCAGAAGAGCAGGAGCUGCUCGACUUCACCAACUGGUUCUGAGCAUCCAUGAAUGAAAUAUGGAUCAACUCAAUUUACUGUUGUCCUGCGCUUGGGAUGGCCCCGGAGGAGGCUGGGUGUCCUCGAGAACAAAAUGCACUGAACAC